AUGUGCUUGGUUGAGAUCAAGUUCGUAUGGCGCUGUACCUGGCUCGUCCUCGUUGCACACCAAACCUCUGCACGUCGUUCAUCAUACCCCCCUCCCUCCUUCUUCUUCUACCGCCCAAUACAGCACUUGGCUCGCAAAGAAGCCAACACAAGCACUUCGUCCGCUGGCUCGUCGAACGGCUCUACACCAAUCGGCCCUCUCCCUCCCUUGCCGCUGCUAGCUUCUCUUCCCCAUCGCAUCCUCUCCACUCCCGUCAUCUUUACUCUACUCGCCGACCCGCUUGCCAUCUGCGCCACACUCGGCCCCGCCGCUUGUACUUUCUCAGCUUGGACCUCGCAAUCCGCCGCUUUGGCCGCUUCCAACGACAGCCCUGCAUCUUCUCCUGCUUUGUCUUCUUGCCUUCGCGCAUCGCCCAAAACCCGCCCCGACCGCGGUCCGCGCAACUUCAUUUGGCCACGCUCCCCGAUCCUCGCACCUAGCCUCUAG